GCACAAACAGCUUGUUGGCGCGUAAAAUUGGGUAUGGGUGUUGCAUAAGAUCGUUGUAUGGCUUGGUUUUUGUUCGCUUAAGAAAGGAGCAAAUUAUUUUUGCCAUGGCUGAAACAAUGAGCAAAGUAAAGAAUAUCGUAUCAGGAAUCCAUAAAACUCUUGAAUGUUCAAUAUGCCUUGAUAUCCUGGAUGAGCCUUUCUCAACAAAGUGCAAUCACCAGUUCUGCAGAAAGUGUAUUGAUAAACUGCUGGCUCAGAAGAAUAAGAAAGGUGGAGCUUUAUGUCCAUUGUGUAAAUGCAAGAUUUCAAAGAGAGGUCUCUUGCAAAACCAGAAAUUAGUUGGUGUCGUAGCAGCUGUGAGGAGUGUUUUAUCUGCCAUUGAUGAAGAUUUGAGAUUAGCAGGCAGCUUGGGAGAUGAAAGGGAUGAACAUAAGAGAAGACCAAAAGAAGUAAGUGAAGAGACUCCACUACAGAAAAACGGCUCUUUGGUUGCAAAUAAGCUGGAUACAGGAGGGUAUUCGGAUCAUUGUCACGAAGGGGACUCAGAGCCUGAGAAAGCAGGCAAUUACCGGCAGACAAAUACCAGAAAAUCCAGAAAGUUGCGUUGGUCUGAUGGCAAGAAUGAGGAGUCACUCAAAGUUUCUGACGACCACCUUGCUGAAAUCCUGCAGACGUCAAAUCUUGGUAGAAGACGAAAACAGCCAAGAAGAAGACGUGGAAAGCCAUCGAUAAAAGAUGACAACCAAGGAAGGCCUUCUGCAGAUGACGUAAAAAGGGAUCUGAAGCCAGCUGAUAGUGAACAAGGACAGGUUCAGUGCACACCAGGAGUUCCUGAUGAUAAGACCCCAAAAAGCGUUACUGGAUGCAUUGCUGGCCUUGCCAACGAGCCUGAAAUUAAGGAUGGGGCUUACAGUGUCAGCAGUAAAGAAACUGAAACGGCAAACGAGGUGGUCGCUGAGACUCCUUUGCUUCCUGUGCCCAGUGCCGUGGAAUGGAUGUUGUCCGAAGGUAGAGAUAAGAUAAACAAGAGACAAGCCACGAAAAAAGUUUCGCCAUUUUCUGAUGAGCAACUGAAAGCACCGUUGCCGCCAAGGAGCCCUAGUGGCUUUGAUUUUGUGGAUGACGAUUCGCCGAAGGAGUCCGACUUGUGUGAAAGGGUCAAACGGAGAGCAAACAGAAACAAGGUGUCUCUCAAAUGUGAAAAGCAGAAGCAAGAUUCAGUAAUGUUACGACUUGAAAAGGAAUUGGAGUUUGAUAGGAAGCAACAAAGUGCUAUGUCCUCUAGGAACAAAAAGUCCGAUAAGAUAACGGGUACUCUUGAAAAGAGCAGUGACUUUGUUACAGCACAGAAAAGAGAAAAGAAGUUAGUCCGAAAAGGGAAAACGAAAAAGGUGGAAUUUCUCAAGGAAGCCUGGAAUAAUACCUGUGACCGCCGUGAUGGAAGUCAAUUAAUUGAAAGCGAUCAUACUGAUCCGGUUGCACAAGGGAAAUGUCGAGAGGAGAAUGAAAACCCAGUGGUAUUGGAUAAGAUGAAAGCAGAGAGACCUGAUAUACAGCAUAGAUUAUUGGCAACAGAAGAUGUUGCUCAGGACGUUGGGUCUGCUAUUCAAUUAUGCUCUCCUGUAAUUGAUAAAGGAAGUGUUCCAACACCUGUGAGAGAGGAAGCCAUCAUCAAUGCAGCAGUAAUCAGGUCGUUGAAUAUCGCAGAUGUACAGGUGACAGAGGCUGGACACGAAAGCCAAAUUAUCCCUGGCACAUUUUCAUCUCCAAGCAAUUCAGAUUACAAUGUUAUUAAUCCAAUGGAAUCGCCGUUGUAUAAGGGCUAUAAGAGAAGACCGGUGCGAAAGAAGUUGGCCGAAGCAGAACUGGAAAAAUCUGUAAAGAGCUCUGGGUCUGCUUCUGAAGUUAUUCUAGAAAAUGCCAAAGACAUAGCUGAGCCUGACAUUAAUAAGCAAUUCUCCAAGACAGACGGCGCUAGCUAUUCAGGACCAGAACCGCUGCAAGAUCGCACUUCAGAGGAAGUCUCUUUGGGAAUCUCUAAGGACUGCUCUGUUAAGAACGCUGUCAUUGUCUUAAAUACUGGCAAUACCAAUUCCAUAGAUAUGUCGAAAGAGUCAACAGUUAAUGAUGUCAGCAAAAGUCAAGUUGCUGUAGUAUUACACGAAUCGAGCGAUGAUAGAUCAGACAGAAAACAAGUUCUGAAAAAACUGCAACAUUAG